AUGGAUCACCUGCUGAUGGUGCUGCUGCUGCUGUGGAGCUCAGGACUCCGGGCUGAACAAACCUACAGCUCCACAGGUGCUCAGUGUGGAACCACAGCCAAAGCUGACAUCAUGCUGUUGGUGUUGGAACCCUUCAGCGAGAUCAACUUUGAAACCGUCCGUUCCUUUGUUGCUGACAUCGUCAGAGUCUUUGACAUCGGCCCAGACAGAGUCCAGAUUGGUCUGAGUUGGUAUAGGAACACCCAAAACACUGUGUGGGACCUGAACACCCACCAAACCAAACAAUCCCUGCUGAGCGCCAUACCCAACCUGAGAUAUGCAGGAAGAACAACCACCAGCACAGGUUGGGCUCUGAACUACAUCAACCAGAGGUUCUUUAAACCUCAUGUGGGAAUGCGUCCAGACUCUAAAAGAAUACUUGUCCUGAUCACCGGUGCAAAGUCCAGGGAAGACGCAAACCUCCCCUCACAGAACCUGAAAGACGACGGCAUUGAGAUCUACACUAUUGGUGUGAAUGAUGCUGACGAGAGUGAGCUGAGGUCCAUGGCCUCUGAUUCCAAAGAAUCUCACAUGUACUAUGUCAAGGACGGUUUUAAUGAGGUCUCUCUCUCUGCAGACUCUGUCAGGCUGGUGGGAGGAGCCAGUCAGUGUUCAGGCAGACUGGAGGUGAAGUCUAACCAGUGGUGGUCCUCAGUGUGUGAAGUUGACUUUGACCAGCAGGAUGCAGAGGUGGUCUGUAGGGAGCUUGGCUGUGGGGCUCCUUCAGUCCUCCAGGGGGCGCUCUAUGGAGAAGUGGAGGCUCCAAUGUGGACCAAAGAGUUCCAGUGUGGAGGCCAUGAGUCUGCUCUCCUGGACUGUAGAAGCUCAGACUCAGCUAGAGCCACCUGCUCACCUGGCAAAGCUGUUGGACUCACCUGCUCAGAGCCUGUCAGGUUGGUGGGAGGAGCCAGUCGCUGUGCAGGUACACUGGAGGUGAAACGAGGAGAGUGGGGACCAGUGGAUGACUAUUACUGGACCCUGAAGGCAUCAGCUGUAGCCUGUAGAGAUCUGGACUGUGGCUCUGCUGUUUCAACAAGAAGAGGGGAGUCCUCAAAGAGACCUCUAUGGAGGAUCAACACUGACUGUGUUCACUCUGGAUUCACCCUGAGGGAGUGUUUAUCAUCAGAUUCCUCUUCCUCCACCCUGGAGCUCACCUGUUCAGACUCUGUCAGGCUGGUGAAUGGGACCAGUCAGUGUUCAGGCAGACUGGAGGUGAAGUCUAACCAGUGGUGGUCCUCAGUGUGUGAAGUUGACUUUGACCAGCAGGAUGCAGAGGUGGUCUGUAGGGAGCUUGGCUGUGGGGCUCCUUCAGUCCUCCAGGGGGCGCUCUAUGGAGAAGUGGAGGCUCCAAUGUGGACCAAAGAGUUCCAGUGUGGAGGCCAUGAGUCUGCUCUCCUGGACUGUAGAAGCUCAGACUCAGCUAGAGCCACCUGCUCACCUGGCAAAGCUGUUGGACUCACCUGCUCAGAGCCUGUCAGGUUGGUGGGAGGAGCCAGUCGCUGUGCAGGUACACUGGAGGUGAAACGAGGAGAGUGGAGACCAGUGGAUGACUAUUACUGGACCCUGAAGGCAUCAGCUGUAGCCUGUAGAGAUCUGGACUGUGGCUCUGCUGUUUCAACAAGAAGAGGGAAGUCCUUAAAGAGACCACUAUGGAGGAUCAACACUGACUGUGUUCACUCUGGAUUCACCCUGAGGGAGUGUUUAUCACCAUUAGAUUCCUCUGUCUUCACCCUGGAGCUCACCUGUUCAGACUCUGUCAGGCUGGUGAAUGGGACCAGUCAGUGUUCAGGCAGACUGGAGGUGAAGUCUAACCAGUGGUGGUCCUCAGUGUGUGAAGUUGACUUUGACCAGCAGGAUGCAGAGGUGGUCUGUAGGGAGCUUGGCUGUGGGGCUCCUUCAGUCCUCCAGGGGGCGCUCUAUGGAGAAGUGGAGGCUCCAAUGUGGACCAAAGAGUUCCAGUGUGGAGGCCAUGAGUCUGCUCUCCUGGACUGUAGAAGCUCAGACUCAGCUAGAGCCACCUGCUCACCUGGCAAAGCUGUUGGACUCACCUGCUCAGAGCCUGUCAGGUUGGUGGGAGGAGCCAGUCGCUGUGCAGGUACACUGGAGGUGAAACGAGGAGAGUGGAGACCAGUGGAUGACUAUUACUGGACCCUGAAGGCAUCAGCUGUAGCCUGUAGAGAUCUGGACUGUGGCUCUGCUGUUUCAACAAGAAGAGGGAAGUCCUUAAAGAGACCACUAUGGAGGAUCAACACUGACUGUGUUCACUCUGGAUUCACCCUGAGGGAGUGUUUAUCACCAUUAGAUUCCUCUGUCUUCACCCUGGAGCUCACCUGUUCAGACCUGCUGGUUCAACCAAUCAUCUCUGUGUCCUCCUCCAUGGACAGGGUCUCCAAGGCCCAGCAGCAGGGGUAUUCAGGUGUGUUCAUGGGCUCCAACUUCACCAUCAGCUGCUCCAUCCAGCCACAGUACCCAGGAGGCUUCUUCCAGCUCACUUUCACCUCCUCCGGCACAACACAGAACUACACCCAGCCAGCUGUCAAUCACUCCGGCCACUUCCUGUUUCCUGCUGCAGAGCCCGCCCACCAGGGAAGCUACAGCUGUGUUUAUCACAUCCACGUUUUUUCUCAUAACUUCUCGUCUGAGAGCCGUUGGCUGUCCCUCACUGUCUCAGAUCCAACAGGUCCAAUCAUCAGACUGGUCGUCCUGCCGCUGAGUCUGCUGUUGGUGAUCGCUGUCAUCUGUUUCAUCCUUAAGGCCACCAGGGGGCAGAAGCCAGUUCCACAGGAGACCAUAGAGCUGGAUGAUUAUAGCCUGGGUGUUUCCAGAGCUGAAGGAGGGCCGGCUGAAGAGGGAGGAGUCCAGGCAGCAGAGUAG